CGGAACGAAUAGUGGAACGAGAGCGAGCGUUUUUUUUACCAAAAUUCAAAACUAAUUUUUUCAAUCACAGGUUUUUUCCAAUUUACUUACAAUUAGUUAUGUGAACACUUGGUGCACGCAAUUACUGAACGUUGUUUGAAUGCGGGUGUUUGAUUGGUACGAAUCUUAGUGAAUCUUUGAAUAAUUGUGAGACAAAAACUCAAAACUUACAAAAACAAAACCUCAGAAGGCAGAAAAAAAUCACAUUUCAUCAUCAUCUCAUCGUUGUGUGAGUGAAAAAAAGCAAAAAUUUCAUCAUGUUACGCGUGGAAGAGGCAAACAAGCUGCUCGACUUCAGUCAAAAGCUGGACAUCACACUGCUCGACAACAUCGUUGGAUGUCUUUACACGAGUCAGGGCGAUCAACUGCGUUUAGCGCAAGAAAUCCUUACGACGCUGAAGGAGCAUCCCGAUGCAUGGACCCGUGUCGACAGCAUCCUGGAGUUUUCGCAAAAUCAGCAAACAAAGUACUAUGCCUUGCAAAUUCUCGAGGAAGUAAUUAAAACGCGUUGGAAGAUUUUGCCGCGGAACCAGUGUGAAGGCAUAAAAAAGUAUCUCGUGGGAUUGAUUAUCAAAACUUCGUCAGAUGCGGCGACCAUGGAAGGGAAUAAGGUCUUUUUGAACAAAUUAAACAUCAUUUUGGUGCAAAUUUUGAAGCGGGAAUGGCCUAAAAACUGGGAGACGUUCAUCAGUGACAUCGUUGGCGCCUCCAAGACGAACGAGACGUUGUGUCAAAACAACAUGAUCAUCCUGAAAUUGCUGAGUGAGGAGGUUUUUGACUUUAGUUCGGGCCAAAUUACGCAAACGAAGGCGCGUCACUUGAAAGACACCAUGUGCAGCGAAUUUUCGCAAGUGUUCCAGUUGUGCCUCUUUGUCUUGGAAAACUCCCUGAAUGCGCCGCUAAUCUCGGCAACGCUCGAGACACUGCUGAAAUUCCUCAAUUGGAUCCCGCUCGGGUACAUUUUCGAGACGAAGCUCAUCAACAUGCUCGUUUGCAAGUUUUUGACGAUACCCAUGUUCCGGAAUGUCUCGAUCAAGUGUUUGUCGGAAGUCGCAGGUCUCCAGCUGGCGAAUUACGACACAAUUUUCAUCAAUAUGUUCAAACAAACGAUGGAACAGUUCGAACAGAUGAUCCCCGAAGAGACGGAUAUGAAUCAGAUUUACAUGAAUGGCAACGACGACGAGCAGUGUUUCGUGCAAAAUUUGGCAAUGUUCCUUUGCACGUUCUUGCGGGUGCAUGGACCCGUCGUUGAGCGUCGCGAUACUGUCGAUGCCUUGCAAAAAGCCCUUGUCUACCUCGUGAUGAUAUCCGAAGUCGAAGACGUGGAAAUUUUCAAAAUUACCCUCGAAUAUUGGAAUAGCUUGGCAUGCGACUUGUACAAAGAGACCCCUUAUGGCACGCAAAGCACGCGAAAAGCCACCUACACGAAAAUCCUCUCGAAAGUGCGGUACAUCAUGAUUUCGCGCAUGGCGAAGCCCGAAGAGGUGCUCGUUGUCGAAAACGAAAAUGGCGAAGUGGUGCGGGAAUUCAUGAAGGACACGAACAGCAUCAAUUUGUACAAAAAUAUGCGCGAAACGUUGGUUUACUUGACGCAUUUGGACUACUUCGAUACGGAACGCAUCAUGACGGAGAAGCUGAACAACCAAGUUAAUGGCACAGAAUUCUCCUGGAAGAAUUUGAAUACGCUGUGUUGGGCCAUCGGAUCCAUUUCGGGCGCCUUUUUCGAAGAAGAUGAAAAAAGAUUCCUCGUUACAGUCAUUAAAGACCUCCUUGGGCUGUGCGAACAGAAAAAGGGCAAGGACAACAAAGCAAUUAUCGCGUCGAACAUUAUGUAUGUCGUGGGACAGUAUCCGCGCUUUUUAAGGGCUCAUUGGAAGUUCCUCAAGACGGUCGUUAACAAACUUUUUGAGUUUAUGCAUGAGACACACGAUGGCGUACAGGACAUGGCAUGUGAUACUUUCAUCAAAAUUGCCCUCAAGUGUCGUCGGCAUUUCGUUACACUCCAACCCAAUGAGGCAUGCACCUUCAUUGAUGAGAUUUUGGCAACUAUUAGUUCGAUUAUUUGUGACUUACAGCCGCAACAGGUUCAUACAUUCUACGAGGCAGUUGGGUACAUGAUUUCCGCGCAAGUUGACCAAGUCGCACAAGAUGCUUUGAUUGAAAAGUACAUGACAUUGCCGAAUCAGGUUUGGGAUGGAAUAAUUUCCCAAGCAACUCACAACGUUGACGCUCUCAAAGACAUGGCUGCGGUGAAACCUCUCGGCAGCAUAUUGAAGACAAAUGUUCGUGCAUGCCGUGCUUUGGGCCAUUCUUACGUCGUACAAUUGGGUCGCAUUUACUUAGACAUGCUGAACGUGUAUAAAAUCAUGUCGGAAAAUAUCUCGCAAGCGAUUGUCGUGAAUGGCGUCGCCGUCAACAAUCAACCGCUCAUCAAGGCAAUGCACGUCAUUCGCAAAGAGACGUUAACGGUAAUCAGCGAGUGGGUUUUACGGUCAAACGAUGCGAAAAUGGUGAUGGAUGACUUUGUGCCGCCGUUACUGGAUGCUGUGUUGCUCGACUAUCAGCGUACUAAAGUCCCAGCUGCUCGAGAGCCCGCAGUUCUCAGUACUAUCGCGACAAUUGUCAACAAAUUGGAAGGCGCCAUCACCGGGGAAGUUCUCAAGAUCUUCGAUGCUGUCUUCGAGUGCACGCUGGAUAUGAUAAACAAGAAUUUCGAGGAUUAUCCACAACAUCGCACGCACUUUUACGAACUUUUGGAGGCCGUGAAUGCGCAUUGCUUCAACGCAUUCUUGAAUAUUCCGCCGGCACAAUUCAAAUUGGUCUUUGAUUCGAUCGUUUGGGCAUUCAAGCACACAAUGCGCAACGUUGCUGAUACCGGUUUGGUCAUUUUGUUCCAAAUGCUCAAAAACUUCGAAGAUCACCCGCAGGCAGCGCAAGGCUUCUAUCAGACCUACUUUACGGACAUUUUGACACAAGUUUUCUCAGUUGUCACCGAUACAUCGCACACCGCUGGCAUCCAGAUGCACGCUACAAUUCUCGCCUACAUGUUUACGCUGGUAGAACAAAACCGAAUCACAAUUUCGCUCGGCGCCAUACCAGACAACGUACUGUACGUGCAGGAAUAUGUCGCCUCGUUGCUGCGAUCUGCCUUCGGACAUCUCACCGAUAAUCAAAUUAAAGUAUUUGUCACCGGAUUAUUCAAUCUAGAUCAGGAUGUUCAAGCAUUUAAAGAGCACCUUCGGGACUUUUUGAUCCAAAUUCGGGAGGUAACCGGCGACGACGACUCCGACCUUUACCUGGAAGAACGAGAAGCUGAAUUAAAGAAGGCGCAAGAAGAGAAAUGUCGCAUUCAAAUGUCCGUGCCUGGAAUUCUCAAUCCAUACGAAGUACACGAAGAGAUGCAAGAUGAAUAAAUGCUGGCGC